ACAUUCUGAGGCAGUGAGGAAGCAAAGCAGCGAAUGAAAGCAUAACCUUUGGGCUCAGGGCUUUGAUAAUUCAUACUGCAUAUGUGGACUUUUCCCACCUGCUGCUGCCAUCAAACAAACUUACAAUGCCAUCGAUCAGUCUUUCCUUCUAUAUCCUGGGUUUGGUUGUGGCUUCUGUCACAGCACAAGAUAACGCAACAGGGAUUCUCCCAAAUUCAACUGAAUUUGGUAGUAACGGAAAUGAUUCCACCACUGUAACACCCCUCAGCAACACCACCAAUGUCACAAGAACCACCGACGCCAUUACCGUCACCUCCACCAGUACCUUGAAUAUCAACAGCACCAUCCCACCUCCAACAACAAAGCAGAAUGGUAGUGAAGGUUCUGGCAAAGAACCCAGAAGUACAGUUCCUUUGAUCACCACACCAAAACCCAUUGGUCCUUCUAAAACCACAACAUCGACCGUCACAACAUUAAGCACCACUGCUAAGCCAAAGCCACCAAGCACCACUGCUAAGCCAAAUACAGGUGACAGCACUGGCAUUAUCAUCCUAGUUGUGAUCAUCCUCAUAGCUCUUGUAUGUGGAGUUGCCUGCUACUUUGCACGGAAGAGAGGAAGGCGCUACUCUGUCGACUUCACUUCCAGACCGGAUGAAGCCAACAUCCCUCUCAGCACUGUGGAGCCUGAGUUGCCUAUUGAUACUGUAUCUCAGAACGGACUGAAAACCUUUGAAAGUGCAGAAACUACUACAAAAGAGGAGCAAAAACCAGAGGCAAAAUCUGAAGUGCAGGAGGAGCAGAAAGCUGAGGCUGAUAAAUCUGUUGUUGAUGCCAGCGCUGAGUCUGCAGCUCCGAUGCCAUCCCCAAAUAGCUCUGAGGACAAACCCAAAGAGGACGUUGUUGAGCAAAGUCCCCCAGCACCUGUGGAGCCAAGUGUGGAGGAGAAAACUGAUGAUGAAGGUGUCGUCUCCAAUAAGACCUCAGUGGAGUCACUGAAGGAGACAAAUGAGAACAACAGCAACAAUGCUGACUUCAGUCAGAAGAGAGAUUUGAAGAGGAGCAGCAUCUUCUGGGACAUUCCUCUCGAUUGUCCAGUGUGAGACAUAUCGCCUCUCUGCCCCUGCGCUGUUCUUCAGGAACUCGAUUGAAGAAGUAACCGCAGUGGAAAAGGACACGUCUGUUCAUACUGAGUGAGAAAUCUAGUGGGCUGUUGGCUCCUUGUUGGGG